CAGUUUGUAUCUCCUGCUGGUGAAUCUCUGUGCUGCCAAUAGGAGGGGUUAGGGGAGGUCCCGAGAAAAUACAACUCGACUACGUGCUGCUGCCUGGAACUUUUCAUGUAAAUCUACGGAAGAAGUGGACCUGCGGUUCAAAAGGGCUUGGAGCUUCGAGGUAGAAGGGAUGGACAUAGAGCACAGAAGCCUGGCAAACCACGCAUUCUACAGCAGUGUGCUUGUGCUGAUCUGAGAAGGACCGCCAAUGCACCUACACUGAUAAAACAAGCAAACAACAAACAACAACUUCAUUUGCUACAUACUUUUUCUGUAUAUAUUUUUUAAUGUUUGUAGAAUAAAUCUUUUUUUUUUUGGUUUAGCUUUGCCUGCGGCGUCGACAGGCAUUGCAAACUACCCAUAACUUUGUUUAGUUUUUUUUAAAUUUUGUGGCGAUUGCUUCUCAAACCGGUGCUGGAGUCUGACAGUGCUUGAGAGUUUCUGACCACCGAACCCGUGUGAUUUACACUGCCGGGCCAGAGACACAAGUGAGAUGACACAUUUUACACAAGCACUACAUGCAGUUCAACCCGGGCAAUCAGGAAUUUAAAAGGGAACCGAAAGGAAGAAAUAUCUGGCUAGCUCAAGAAGAACACAACGCACCCACCUCCAUUCCAGUUCACGCCAUGAAGGUACCAGUGACGGUCAUCCUUUUCCUGCUCUUCGCUGACCUUGCAGCCCUGACUGGCAAAGCCCAGGAGAGCAGUGAUGAGAGAAUGGAGCCGGAAUUUAUUUCCACUAACAGGUACAGGAGAGACACAGACUCUCAGCAGGAGAACAAAUGCUCUUACACUUUCAUUGUGCCGCAGCAGAAAGUUACAGGGGCCAUCUGCGUGAACUCCAAAGAGCCGGACGCGAUCCUGGAAAACCGGGUGAGCAAGCAGGAGCUGGGGCUGUUGAACAGCGAACUCCUCAAGCAGAAGAGACAGAUCGAGACUCUGCAGCAGCUAGUGGAGUUGGAUGGGGGCAUCGUCAACGAGGUCAAGCUGCUCCGGAAGGAGAGCCGAAACAUGAACUCCAGGGUGACCCAGCUGUACAUGCAGCUGCUCCACGAGAUCAUCAGGAAACGGGACAACGCGCUGGAGCUUUCCCAGCUGGAGAACAAGAUCCUGAACCAGACCACGGAGAUGAUGCACCUCACCAACCGAUACAAGGACCUGGAGCACAAAUACCAGCACCUGGCUUCCUUGGCCAACAACCAAUCAGUGCUGAUCUCUCAGCUUGAAGAGUACUGCCAGAGAAUACCCAUCCGACCCAUACCUCAACCUCCCCCCUCACAGCCCAAGAACCCCCCACAGCCCAAGAACCCCUACCAGCCCCCCACCUACACCCACAUCACCAACCAGAUCACCAAUGAGAUCCAGGGAGACCAGAACCUGAAGGACAGGGACGAAGCGCUGCCACCCCCCCUUCCCACCAUGCCAACCAUAACUGUCAGCCCGUCAGCUACGAACAAACCCUCCGGGCCAUGGAAGGACUGUUUACAGGCACUGGAGGACGGCCACGACACCAGCGGCAUGUACCUGGUGAAGCCAGAGAACGCAAACAGGCUCAUGCAGGUGUGGUGUGACCAGAGACACGACCCGGGCGGCUGGAUUGUCAUCCAGAGGAGACUGGAUGGGGCCGUCAACUUCUUCAGGAACUGGGAGACUUACAAACAAGGGUUCGGGAACAUCGAUGGAGAGUACUGGUUGGGUCUGGAGAACAUUUACUGGCUGACGAACCAGGGCAACUACAAGCUGCUUGUCACGCUGGAGGACUGGUCCGGGCGCAAGGUCUUCGCUGAGUACGCCAGCUUCAGGCUGGAGCCGGAGUCCGAGCACUACAAGCUGCGGCUGGGGCGCUACCAUGGCAACGCCGGAGACUCCUUCACCUGGCACAACGGGAAGCAGUUCACAACGCUGGACCGGGACCACGACGUGUACACUGGUAACUGUGCUCAUUACCAGAAGGGGGGCUGGUGGUACAAUGCCUGCGCUCAUUCCAACCUGAACGGAGUAUGGUACCGCGGGGGGCACUAUCGCAGCCGUUACCAGGACGGGGUUUACUGGGCAGAGUUCAGAGGAGGGUCUUACUCGCUGAAGAAAGUCACCAUGAUGAUCCGACCCAACCCGAACACCUUCCACUAAAACAAACCAAAAAAAAAAGGAAGGACUUUUUCAUUUUUUUUUUUUUUUUUUAAUGUUUGUUCAUUUGCCACCAGCCAAAAAAAGUGCAAUUCUUGUAUUUUUGUAUAUUGUCUCUAUAUUAUAAAACUGAUUAGUUUCUACUGGUUUACAUGCCAGUCAAGUGCAAUUGUUGGCAGAGGUUGAAAAAAAAAAAAAGAAGGACAACUUACUGGUUUAAUUUAAUUUCCCAGAACAAAACCUGGUGUGUUAAACUGCUGGUCUCUUAGCAGUUCAGCAGCAUUCCCAUUAAAAAAUAAACAGGAGAGCGCUGGGGAAGCUUCUGAGCAGCUCCACCACUGGGUGCUACUGGUAAACUGAGGAAACCAUUUGAAACCAGUUCUGCCUUCCUACUCAACUCUGCUGAAUGUUUCACUGGGGGGGGGGGGGGGGGGGUAUGACAUGUACAGCUAAUUACUUGUAUUUUGCUUAAAAAACUAAAUAAACUGAAAGGUGCUUUUACCCUUAUUCAGUUGUUCAGCAAGCCCCUGGCUUCAUUCAUUUACCCACUUAAAGUGUGUGAGUUUAAGACCGUAGUGCUUUACUGACAGCAGUUCACAUCACUAAGCAACAGCAAGACAAAAACAACAGAAUGAAGAAAAAAAAAACUGUUUACUCCUUAUUAGAACAACAGACAUGAGCCAUACUACUCAUCUUACGCUACAGAGCUGUAUAAUAAUGCUUCAUAGAUAUUAUUUGGAAGAAAAAUAAAUUACGACACAGGAAGCUAUGUCCGGUGACUCCGUGGAAACCUUUUGUAAAAAGCUAGUGUGAUUUUGCUUACGGCCAGCUGUAAUCCUGCCAACGUUAAUACUAGGAUUACUGUGGGAUGUUUAGACUUUAUUUAUUGGGUAUGGCAGACAUUCUUUUUUAUUGUUAUUGUUAUUAUUAAUUUACGGAGAUGAACCAGACAAGCUAGAAGGCACAAUUCGUCAACAUUAACUCAUACUCUUGAAUCGUUAACCACGCAAUUACUGCAGGACAGCAGGAGUCCGCUGCAGUACCAGAAGAGGAAAUCCAUACACUGAGGUUAAUUAGGCUGCACACUGAAUCGUUCUUAUUCAGCAGCGCACGCAGUGGAUCACUAAGGUCUUGCUGUAUUGUUUAUUUCUUUUAACCAAUAUUACGUAGCAGCCACCUGUCAUUCAUCAACGGCACGGUACUGUACUGCUUUACAAAAAACGCACACGAAAGUGCAAGGCUUCUAUGCAAGGCAACACUGCACAGAAUCAAGUGCAGUAUCGAUGUGCAUGUUUAAAAAAAGUGCUGGCUGACUGAAAAACUGCACACAAGAGGAACGUGCAUGGCCUGACCCUGUACCUGUAACACUGCUUCCCCUGAUCAGGGGUGCCAGAAAGUGUCUUGAGGAAUGUUAAUCCACUCAGUCAUUAAUACUUCAAGCAAACAAUGCAGAGAGGCAGGCAGUGUGCAAAUUCAUCCAAAAAGCAUGCAUUCUGCGGACUGAUUCUGCGGAUUGUGGAGGCAAUGGAUGAUGCACUGAAGCCUCCGUCACGCUCCGGCAAACUACGGUACUUCCAGAGCUACGCUACCCAGUCGGGCCGGAAAGGCAGCCAGGCGCUGCACGUUCCUGCACUGUCUCCCUCUAUGUCUGUAAAUGUGUGUUUUGUAAAGCCGGUAUUUUAAGUAACGUUGAAUGUCAGCGCGUAAGCCUCAAAAUCAGGGUCACCUGCACUUAAUGAAUGACUUUUCAACUGACUUGCUCACAUUUUGCAGUUGUACUAUUGCAGUUCUCGUUCUGUUCUGUUCUGUGAGCUGCACAGCGUGGCUAAUACUUGACUUAUGUUAAGCAAAUGCUUUUGGAAAACAGAUCUUUUGUAAUCACAUUUGUCCAAGCAAUUAGCUGCCUUACACAUCUGGGAUGAGCAGGACUGUACUGUAUGUGUACUGUAUUAAUGAUAAUGUGUGUCUUUUCUGUACAUAAAAAAGUAAUCUCAAAGUAUUUUUGUAUUAUAUCAAACGCUCAUAUUUUGCUAGCCUGUUGCAAUAAACUUACCGUGUACAGCUUUUACAAUCUUC